CUUUAGUGUCAUUAGAGCGGCCGCCUUUCAAGUGCAGAGUCAUCGUUCUACUUGAACAACCAACCGUUAACAUGUCUGGACGUGGCAAGGGAGGCAAAGGACUGGGGAAAGGAGGCGCCAAGCGUCACCGCAAAGUUCUCCGUGAUAACAUCCAGGGAAUCACCAAACCCGCCAUCCGUCGUCUGGCUCGCCGCGGCGGAGUGAAGCGUAUCUCCGGCCUGAUCUACGAGGAGACCCGCGGCGUCCUGAAGGUGUUCCUUGAGAACGUCAUCCGCGAUGCCGUCACUUACACCGAGCACGCCAAGAGGAAGACUGUGACCGCCAUGGAUGUUGUCUACGCCCUCAAGAGGCAGGGACGCACCCUGUACGGUUUCGGAGUUGAGUCUCACCUCAGUCCCUGUCAACAACCACCCGAGUCAAACCAAGCCAUCAUGGCAGAAGUAGCACCAGCCGCACCCGCUCCGUCCAAGGCGGUCAAGAAGAAGAAGACCACCAAGACCGCGAAGGGCGGACCCAGCGUGUCCCAGCUGAUCACCGAGGCUGUCGCCAAGUCCAAGGAGCGCAAAGGAGUCUCUCUAGCCUCCCUCAAGAACUCCCUAAGCGCCGCCGGUUACGAUGUGGAGAAGAACAAGGCUCGCAUCAAGAUUGCUGUCAGGAAACUUGUGGCCAAGGACGUCUUGGUGCAGACCAAGGGCACCGGCGCUUCCGGCUCCUUCAAGAUGAACAAGGCGUCCGAAGCCAAGCCCAAGAAAGCUCCCGCUAAGGCUCAGAGCGCCGCCAAGAAGCCCGCAGCCAAGAAAUCACCAGUGAAGAAAGUCGCAGCCAAGAAGUCUGUCAAGGCCACAACUAAGAAGCCUGCAAAGAAGGCGACAACCCCGAAGAAGAAGGCAAAGACGGCGGCUAAGAAGAGCACCAAAAGCCCCGCCAAAGCUGCCAAGCCGGCGGCGAGGAAAGCCCCAGCGGCAAGGAAGAGUCCUGCUGCCAAGAAGAGCCCCGCUAAGAAGGCGAGCAAGCCUAAAGCCAAGACUGCAGCCAAGAAGAAAAUGGCAAGAACCAAGCAGACAGCCCGCAAGUCCACCGGCGGCAAAGCCCCCAGGAAGCAGCUGGCCACAAAGGCUGCUCGCAAGAGCGCACCCGCCACCGGCGGCGUUAAGAAACCUCACCGUUACAGGCCCGGUACCGUGGCCCUCCGUGAGAUCCGCCGCUACCAGAAGUCCACCGAGCUGCUCAUCCGCAAACUGCCCUUCCAGCGCCUGGUCAGGGAAAUCGCCCAAGAUUUCAAGACCGACCUCCGCUUCCAGAGCUCCGCGGUGAUGGCUCUCCAGGAGUCCAGCGAGGCUUACCUGGUCGGUCUGUUUGAGGACACCAACCUGUGCGCCAUCCACGCCAAGAGAGUCACCAUCAUGCCCAAAGACAUCCAGCUGGCCCGCCGUAUCCGCGGAGAGAGAUUCCCAGUGGGUCGCGUUCACCGUCUGCUCCGCAAAGGCAAUUACGGCGAGCGUAUCGGCGCCGGUGCUCCUGUCUACCUGGCAGCAGUGCUGGAGUAUCUGACCGCUGAGAUCUUGGAGUUGGCGGGGAACGCAGCCCGUGAUAACAAGAAGACCAGAAUUAUCCCCCGUCAUCUUCAGCUGGCUGUCCGCAACGACGAGGAGCUCAACAAACUCCUGGGAGGUGUCACCAUCGCCCAGGGCGGUGUGUUGCCUAACAUCCAGGCUGUUCUGCUGCCCAAGAAGACCGAGAAGGCCGCCAAGAAAAUAGUCCUUAUUGUCAUUGAGCAGCAAAUGAACGAAAUUGACUACUCCCUCCGCAACAUUGGUCAACUCGAUUUACUAAUAGCUAACAUGUCUGGACGCGGCAAGGGAGGUAAAGGACUUGGGAAAGGUGGCGCCAAGCGUCACCGCAAAGUUCUCCGUGAUAACAUCCAGGGAAUCACCAAACCCGCCAUCCGUCGUCUGGCUCGCCGCGGCGGAGUGAAGCGCAUCUCCGGCCUGAUCUACGAGGAGACCCGCGGUGUCCUGAAGGUGUUCCUUGAGAACGUCAUCCGCGAUGCCGUCACUUACACCGAGCACGCCAAGAGGAAGACUGUGACCGCCAUGGAUGUUGUCUACGCCCUCAAGAGGCAGGGACGCACUCUGUACGGUUUCGGAGGUUAAAAAUUUCCAUUCCCUGUUCCUAAACACAAAAGGUCCUUUUAAGGACCACUCACAUACUUGCAAAGAGCUAUUAUUCCCAAAAUAAUUACCUCGCUAUCAAUUAAGUGUAAUAAAAAUUUGUAGAUAAAUUGAUCUCCUGACAUCCAAAUCUACAAAUAUUUGGCAGUGCAGGUGACACAAAUAACCAAUGUAUGAAUGUGCACAAUUGCAAAUCUCUAUCCCUUGCAAUUAACUAUGUAUAAUUUCACUUGUAUCAAUUAGCCAGUAUCACAAUGAAAUAGACAUCUCUAUCAAGUUAUGUCAAUAAAUAUGAACACACAAGUGAAGACAUUAAUAAGGGAACUUAAAACACUCUUGAAAUCCAAGAAUACUUAUUUCAACUGAAUAUAUGAUAGUAGUUUAAUGUCCCUGCUAAAUGGCAUCUUUGACCACUAAUUAAACUCGGAAAA